AUGGGUCCCAUCCGCGAGCGGUCCAACGGACCCCGCGCCGUCCGUCGAGUCGAGGAUGUCUACGCCCUCGUCCGCGAUCGCCUCAUUGCGUGGUCAUACUUGAUGCAGUGGUACAAUGGCAUCCACGUUGCGCGGUCCACGGUCGAGUCGGCACUCGGCGCCAAGCAGCUCGACACUCUUGCGCGCCAGGAGUAUGCUCUUGGUCUCUCGCUCGCGGCCAUUUUUGACAUUUCGGGUCUCAGCGACUUCCUGCGUGCCAUUAACAGGUUACUUGACGAGUGGGAGGCAUGGUCAGAGAAAGGCGGUAGCAAGAACGUUGUGCGCAACUUCUUCCGUCCUCAGCGUGCCAAGCCGAAACCGACAGCCGCGCGCGACACGGCGACUGCCGAGGUCACGAUUGCGCCUGUCGAUGCGACGUCCGAGUCCUUCUUGGUGUUAGCCGUCAUGCCGUUCACGCCCGACUACUUCCAGGUGCACGCCUCGACGUGCUCAAUCAUGCGCGACGUGUACAAGAAGCUCCUCGCCAUGGUCCUGCCGCCCACUAGAGCUGGAACGAGCAGGGCCGAGCUUGCGCCGACGCUGCUUCACAACGGCACGUUGCUCAUGAUGGGGCCUGCCGACGGCUCGGCACCGGCGACGGACCUUGCCACCGACUCGGCCAUCUUAGGCGAGAUGCCGCCUGGCUACUGCCUCGUCGGCGAGGGACAAAAGAUGACGUCGACGAUCAUUGACCUACUCAUCAAGGUUGACUCGCGGCUGAAGGUGAGUUACCUCCGCCCGGAUUGCGCUAACUCUCAGAAACACUACGUCUCCCUUGUCAGCUACGGCGACCAGAUUGCCCGCAAGGUGCUCGACGACGAGCUAGAGGCGCUGACCAACUCGCUCGGCGGCGGCCCGAACGUCCGCUACUCGCCCAACUUUGCCUGGACCGAGGCCCUGGGGUAG